AUGUUUCUCGCAUACAUUCCGCCGACGACGACGUAUAGUUCGAGGCUAAAAUCUCCGCAGGGCAAAGUAGCCGAGCUACGCCUCGAGCUGAACAGUGGAGGAAAGAAGGACAAGAACUAUUCGUCCAAGAAGAUUGCGCUCAAGAAGAUUGUCGCCAACAUGACAAUGAGCAACAACGAUAUGGUGGCUCUGUUCCCUGACAUCAUCGGAUGCAUGGGUAUCCAGAGCUUGGAAAUUAAGAAGAUGUGCUUCCUAUUCCUGGUCAACUACGCAAGGAUGAGACCCGAAAUUGCCGUCAAGGCUAUCCCUGUGUUGGAACAUGAUAUGGAAGACCACAACCCCCUAGUGCGAGCACUGGCUCUUCGCACAAUGUCCUAUAUUCAUGUGCGAGAGUUUGUCGAGGCGACUGUACCGCUGGUCAAGCAUAUGCUCAAGGACGGUGACCCCUAUGUUCGAAAGACGGCGGCGUUUUGCGUGGCGAAGCUUUAUGAUCAUGAUCGACAUAUGGUGGAGAAUUCAGAUCUUAUUGAUCGCCUAAACUCUCUGCUGAGAGAUGAUAACCCUACGGUAGUCGCAAGUGCGUUGGCUGGUUUAAUGGAUAUCUGGGAACGCAGUGAUGCCAUCAAACUCACCAUUGACUACAACAAUGCCUCCAAGAUGGUGGCCAUUCUCCCUGACUGUUCUGAAUGGGGUCAGACGUAUAUCCUCGAGGCCCUCAUGUCAUACGUACCACAGGAAUCUGGAGAGGCGGUAUUGCUGGCCGAGCGGAUAUCUCCACGACUCUCGCAUUCUAAUUCGUCCGUCGUGUUGACCUGCAUUCGGGUGAUUCUGUAUCUGAUGAAUUAUAUCGCCGACCAAAAGCAGAUCUCGGCUCUCUGCAGGAAACUGUCGCCCCCUCUGGUUACACUUCUUGCCAAGGGGCCCGAGGUCCAGUAUCUCGCUCUUCGAAAUGCCCUUCUCAUUCUCCAGCGACGACCAGAAGUCUUGCGGAAUGACAUUCGAGUCUUUUUCUGCAAGUACAACGACCCCAUCUAUGUCAAGGUCACCAAGCUUGAACUCAUCUUUAUGCUCGCCAACGAGGACAAUAUCGAUGAAGUCUUGACAGAGCUGCGCGAGUACGCCACCGAGAUUGACGUUCACUUUGUGCGCAAGGCGGUGCGUGCGAUUGGAAAGCUUGCCAUCAAGAUUGAGCCAGCAGCGCGACGGUGUAUCAACCUGCUCCUUGAGCUUGUAGCAACCAAGGUCACGUACAUCGUGCAGGAGGCUACAGUGGUUAUCCGAAACAUCUUCCGCAAAUACCCCAACCAGUACGAGUCUAUUAUCAGCACCUUGUGCGAGCACCUCGACUCCCUGGACGAGCCUGAGGCGAAAGCGGCUAUGGUGUGGGUGAUUGGCCAGUACGCAGAUCGAAUCGAGAACAGCGAUGCUUUGCUGGAAGACUUUUUGUACUCGUUUGCCGAGGAGCCAGUCGAGGUCCAGCUGGCCUUGCUCACGGCGACGGUGAAGCUCUUUAUCCAGCGACCAACUAAGGGACAAGAGCUGGUGCCUAAGGUCCUGAAGUGGGCGACGGAGGAGACAGACAACCCUGAUCUUCGAGACAGGGCGUACAUGUACUGGCGGCUAUUGUCUACGGAUAUGAACGCUGCGAGGCAGAUUGUGAUGGGCGACAAGCCAGCGAUCACGGCCGAGUCAGAACGACUCGACUCGGCGACAUUGGAGGAGAUGUGUCUCAACGUGGGCACUCUGGCGACGGUGUACCUUAAGCCGGUCCAGACCGUCUUCAGAUCGGCGCGGCCCCGGAAGCUUCAGGACUCGCCGGCUCUGCAGAAGCAGAAUCUCCUCGUGGCGGCGGACAGUCAGAAGAGCAUCAGCAUGUUUGGCCACGCCGGGCAGCCGACGGACAUGGACCCCAGGAGCCGGACUGCAAUGACGAGCAACGGUCAAGGGAACAUUGCGCAGGCGGUCAACGAUGCGGACGCAUACUUCUCGAGCAUCGGCACGCAACAGAUGGCGUCAAUGCGCAUCGACCAAGGGGAUGAUGUGUUUGGAGGAGGUAAUGGCCACUCGACCGGGUACGUGGUGAGCGCGCAUGCCCCUCAGGCGGUUCUCCAACCAGCCCAGGGCGCAGGCAGUAAUGGUGAUCUUCUAGUGCUAUGA